CCUGAGACACUGAUGAGGGCCCUUGAAUUGCUAAAUUACCUCGCUGCUUUAGAUGACGACGGCAACCUCACUGAUCUGGGCAGUAUGAUGGCUGAGUUCCCAUUAGACCCUCAACUAGCCAAGAUGGUAAUUGCUUCUUGUGACUAUAAUUGCUCCAACGAAUCCCUUAGUAUCACUGCUAUGCUUUCCGUACCUCAGUGCUUCAUGAGGCCAGCGGAAGCGAAGAAAGCUGCUGACGAAGCUAAGAUGCGAUUUGCUCAUAUCGAUGGGGAUCAUCUUACUCUCCUUAACGUAUACCAUGCUUUCAAACAAAAUAAUGAUGAUCAUCAAUGGUGCUACGACAAUUUUAUUAACUACAGAUCUCUGAAGUCUGCCGAUAAUGUUCGUGUUCAACUUUCUAGAAUAAUGGAUAGGUUCUCUCUGCGCCGGUCCAGCACGGAGUUCACUUCCAGAGAUUACUACCUCAAUAUACGCAAGGCCUUAGUCUCUGGUUUUUUUAUGCAGGCAAGGCACUUCAAGAUUUUGACAAAUAGUUACAUAAUUUAUCACUAA